UCCGUAUUGAGCUUGAAAUGACUCAAUUCUUCCUGGUUACCUCAGAAGUGACGGAUACAUCCCCCUCAAUAAGACCGAAAAAUUGAGGACGAAGCAGAAGUGUCAGAUUCUUAUGACGAAAGAAUUUCAUCGCAGUCAUGCCUUCUCUACGUAUAGGACAACUCCUCACACUCGGAAUCUUCUGCUGUUCCUCACUGACUGUGGGGAAUGCCUAUCUACAGAAGGGUCAAUUCUACCCAUCUGUUGUUUACCUCACUAAUUCCAGUCCCUCGAUGGCUGUUAUAUACGCACAGGCAGCCGUGAUUGUAUGGCUCAUGGCACAAGCAAUGGGGAAGAUAUUUUUCGGUCAGCUGCGACCGGCAGAACUAGAACAUUUGUUCGAGCGAGCGUGGUACGCUGUGACGGAGACAUGUCUGGCGUUCACGAUUUUCCGGGACGAUUUCUCGCCGAAGUUUGUGGCGCUCUUCGUCCUCCUCCUAGUCUUGAAAGGGUUCCAUUGGCUUUCUGAGGAACGCGUCGACUUCAUGGAACGAAGUCCCAACAUCUCGUUGUUAUUCCACGCACGCGUCUUGAGUCUUCUGUCGCUCCUCAGUUUGCUGGAUUACGCAUUCGUAAGACACGCAUAUCAUAGUGUUUCCAUCAAUGGAGCCACGGUACAAAUGGUGUUCGGGUUCGAAUACGCCAUUCUACUGUCGUCGGUGUUAUAUAUUUUCAUAAAAUACGUCCUGCACUCAAUCGAUUCACGGGCAGAGACUCAGUGGGAGAAUAAAGCAGUCUUCCUACUAUACACCGAGCUCAUGAUGAGCGCAUCGAAGGUGAUGCUGUACGCGACAUUCAUGGUGGUUAUGCUGCGGAUCCACCAGUUCCCCCUGUUCGCUAUCCGGCCGAUGUACCUCAGUGUUCGGGCGCUGAAAAGAGCCUUCAAGGACGUUGUUCUGUCGAGACAAGCGAUACACAACAUGAACACCCUAUAUCCCGAUGCAAGCGAAGAGGAACUGGUUUCCGCAGACAAUGUCUGUAUCAUCUGUCGCGAGGAAAUGAGCGGUUCCGGGAACAAGAAAUUACCGUGCAAUCACAUUUUCCAUGCAGCGUGCCUACGGAGCUGGUUCCAAAGGCAGCAGACGUGCCCCACUUGUCGGAGCGAUGUCCUCAAGUGA